UUUUUGUUAUGCUUUUUUUUGGCUAAUUGAUACCCAAGACUAUUGGAAAAUUGGACACUUGAUUUUCUUGCAGUAAUUUUUGUCGAGAAACCUGAUGAAUGAAAGCCAACUCGGGGAAGAUCAAGGCCAAUGCAUCAACCGCCCCACCACCCCAAUCGCGACCGUUACCUCUCCUGAUGACUCCGUCAAGAAUGACAAGAAAAAGAAGUCCUUUAUCCCAAAGAUUUUUUCUUACAAGAGACGAGCUAGAGGUGGCUCAUCGGAUGAGGAAUUUGUAUCACCAGAUUGUGGUGGACUUUCUCCGGGUACUGGAGGGUUAAUCGAAGGGCUGAAUCUCUUGGAUUUCGGGUUUCCCAUGGCUUCAACGAAGACUGAACCUCGGGAUUUCCGUAUAUUUGUUGCAACGUGGAAUGUGGGUGGGAGGGCACCCAAUAUUGACAUGAACCUUGAAGAUUUCUUUCUAAUGGAGGAUUCUGCAGAUAUUUAUGUCUGUGGGUUUCAAGAAAUUGUUCCACUCAAUGCCGGAAAUGUUCUCGUAAUCGAAGACAACGAGCCAGCAGCAAAAUGGCUGGACCUUAUGAACCAAGUACUUAACAAGCACGAUUACGAAUUCACGCAGCCAUCACCGGACUGUAGCCAAAGUUUGAAACACUCCAAUACCUUAUUGAAGGAGUCAAAAACUUCCAACAGUCACUUCUUCUACAAACCGUCUCUCAAAGUCCUUAGUAAGAAUUUCAGGGCGGAAAGUAGCCUUCUCAAGACCUGCAACUGUCCCAUCGAAUCCACACACGGCACAAAGCGAGGGCAAAGAAAGCUUAGGGAUUUAGCCACCCAACUAGACCUCGGUCCCCUUCCCGCUCGUCGUGAUGGCGCUGUUGAUGAUGAGUUGCUUCAUCUUUCUAAUAUGCCCCAAAAUUUUUCGACCGGACCCAUGGGUUACCGGCUCGUAGCUAGCAAGCAGAUGGUUGGGAUUUUCCUAUCUAUAUGGGCUCGAACCGAGUUAGUGCCAUACAUUGCUCACCUACGAGUUUCCUGUAUAGGAACAGGAAUAUUAGGACGUCUUGGAAACAAGGGAUGUAUUGCAGUAAGCAUGACAUUGCACCAGACCAGCUUUUGCUUCGUCUGCAGUCACUUAGCUUCGGGUGAGAAGGAAGGCGAUGAGCUCAAGAGGAAUGCUGAUGUUAACGAGAUACUCAGAAGUACACAGUUCCCCAAGAUGUGCAAAGCUUCAAAUUCUCGAGCACCAGAGAGAAUCAUCGAGCAUGAUCGAGUAAUAUGGCUUGGAGAUCUGAAUUAUCGGGUAGCCUUGAGCUAUGAGAAAACCAGGAGCCUGUUGGAGGAUAAUAAUUGGGACGCCCUUCUCGAGAAAGAUCAGUUAAACAUAGAGAGAGAUGCGGGAAGAGUCUUCAACGGUUUCAAAGAGGGACGAAUAGUCUUCGCUCCUACGUACAAGUAUUCUCAAAAUUCAGAUUUGUACGCCGGCGAAACAGUUAAAUCCAAGAGGAAACGCCGAACCCCUGCAUGGUGCGAUCGGAUACUAUGGCACGGUUACGGAAUUGAGCAAUUAUCGUACGUUCGUGGUGAGACGAGAUUCUCUGAUCACCGGCCUGUUUCAUCAUUGUUUACUGUGAAGGUCGAGGUAACGAGGAAAUCUGAUAACAGAUUCCGAAAAGGUUAUUCAUGCGCGAUAAACAGAUCGAGUUAUGAAGAUUCUAUACCUAAACGACAUAGUUUCUAUGAGUUGUAACUCCACUUGUUUAAUUCGUUUAGAGCAUCAAAUCAUUAUAAAGUAAAU